AACAGCUUUUGUUGUCAAUAAAAAAACUGCCUUCUGUGAUCAAUUUACGAAACUUCAGUUUCACUAUGAAACAUAAUUGCUAUAAUAAUCGUGCUAAAACCUGCUACAAAGAUAAUAAGCCAUAAGGUAGUAAAUAAAUUUUUAAAGCCUAAAAGGUAAACCCGCGAGAUGAAAUUGGUUGUUCAAUUGUUUUUGUUGUGGUCGAGGUUAGCCUUUCGCUUGUGUGAGUCUGUUGCCGAGAUUAAAGUGAGUGAGGAUAACACACACUUCAACCACACAAUACAUUUACCAUCGAGUUUCACUUACUUUGAGACAUCACAACCAUACACAGGUUUAUGUGUCUGCCAUCUUCAAUAUGGAAAGGAUGGUAGAUCACCUUGGCAGUACCAUAAACACACCACAGCUCUUUGAGGAUGAUGACUCCCCAGAGUCCUUGGAUGUUGGAAGUCUUUUAAGUGACAGUCAUGGUCGCGGUAGUGAAACAGAAAGUUGCUUUAGUGGUUUUGAUUCACCCGAUGAAAUAUUUUUACAGAAAUGUCAUGAAAGAAAAAAAAAAAUUCAGGCCACACUUGUAAAUAAAAUUACAAAACAUGGAAGAUUAGUUAAUGAUGAGAAAAAAAAUCGAUCUGUAACUAAUGCUCACUUCAUUUUAUGUGAAAAAUCUCCAGAUGUGGAUCAUAGAGACAACAGAAAAGGUUAUAUGACUAAACAGAAUAAAAAAAAAAAAGGUAUUGCAAAGAUAAUAAUAACAUAUUGUUCAAAUGAAAAUAGAAAGUGCAAUUCUUUUAAAAGUCUGAAUGGAGGAAUACAGGUUGUAGAUAAUGAGGGUCGUGGUUAUUAUCAAAUACGCACAAAUACGAGUACAGAAAAUAUGAAAACAUCUUCCAGAGGCAGUCAGGUCUUGUGCCACAAUAUUAACCUUACACAAAAACAUAAUCAGUGUAAAGGAACUCAUCCAGUUCUUCUUACUCAUAGUGGACAUUUUCCUACAACAAAAGUCCAGACAAAUAAUGAUCAUCUAACUUAUAAUUUUCCUGUAAAUGAACUGAAGAAAGGGGGAAUGACUGUGUACACUAACGUACCUCCUCAGUACGGAAAUGUCCCCAAGAAAAACUUGUCUCCACAAAAUAGAAAUGCUCCCAUGGAAGACCUAUCUCCACAAAAUAGAAAUGCUCCCAUGGAAGAUAUAUCUCCACAAAAUAGAAAUGCUCCACUGGAAGAUAUAUCUCCACAAAAUAGAAAUGCUCCCAUGGAAGACCUAUCUCCACAAAAUAGAAAUGCUCCCAGGGAAGACCUAUCACCACAAAAUAGAAAUGCUCCCUUGGAAGACCUAUCUCCACAAAAUAGAAAUGCUCCCAGGGAAGACCUAUCGCCACAAAAUAGAAAUACUCCAAUGGAAGACCUAUCACCACAAAAUAGAAAUGCUCCAAUGGAAAACCUGUGUCCACAAAAUAUGAAUGCUCCCAUGGAAGACCUAUCUCCACAAAAUAGAAAUGCUCCCAUGGAAGACCUAUCUCCAGAAAAUAGAAAUGCUCCCAUGGAAGACCUAUCUCCACAAAAUAGAAAUGCUCCAAUGGAAGAUAUAUCUCCACAAAAUAGAAAUGCUCCAAUGGAAGACCUAUCACCACAAAAUAGAAAUGCUCCCAUGGAAGACCUAUCUCCACAAAAUAGAAAUGCUCCCAUGGAAGACCUAUCUCCACAAAAUAGAAAUGCUCCCAUGGAAGAUAUAUCUCCACAAAAUAGAAAUGCUCCCAUGGAAGACCUAUUUCCAGAAAAUAGAAAUGCUCCCUUGGAAGAUCUAUUUCCAGAAACUAGAAAUGCUCCCUUGGAAGACCUAUCUCCACAAAAUAGAAAUGCUCACUUGGAAGACCUAACUCCAGAAAAUAGAAAUGCUCCCUUGGAAGACCUAUCUCCACAAAAUAGAAAUGCUCACUUGGAAGACCUAACUCCAGAAAAUAGAAAUGCUCCCAUGGAAGACCUAUCUCCACAAAAUAGAAAUGCUCACUUGGAAGACCUAACUCCAGAAAAUAUAAAUGCUCCCAUGGAAGACCUAUCUCCAGAAAAUAGAAAUGCUCCCAUGGAAGACCUAUUUCCAGAAAAUAGAAAUGCUCCCAUGGAAGACCUAUCUCCACAAAAUAGAAAUGCUCACUUGGAAGACCUAACUCCAGAAAAUAGAAAUGCUCCCAUGGAAGACCUAUCUCCAGAAAAUAGAAAUGCUCCCAUGGAAGACCUAUUUCCAGAAAAUAGAAAUGCUCCCUUGGAAGACCUAUUUCCAGAAAAUAGAAAUGCUCCCUUGGAAGACCUAACUCCACAAAAUAGAAAUGCUCCCAUGGAAGACCUAUCUCCACAAAAUAAAAAUGCUCCAAUGGAAGACCUGUCUCUACAAAAUAUGAAUGCCCUCAUGGAAACUUUAUCUCCCACACCUAUAAUUACAGAUCCAGAUGAACCAGCUCCCAGCUACUGUGCUUCAGAGCAAAUUAGAGAGGUUCCUGCAACAGAAGAUGAUGUAAUGAAUGACUCCGGACAUUUUAUUAAGGAUAAAGAUAAUAUAAUGGACCACACCAAUAAUACUUGUCCUAAUACUGAAGACAUAAACCAUUCUCUUGUUACUCAAACAUCAAAUGAUACCAAAAAAAUGUAUACAGUUUAUAAUAGUGUCAAUAUGAUGGAAGAAAUUGGUGCAAUAAAAGAAAACAAAACUGAUGACACUGAGUGUGAAGAUGUUUGUACCAUGAACCUACCAACCUCUAACAACAGCACUAAUUGCAGUUUGGGUGUUAAAGAAACAAAAGAAAAACAUUCAGACAGUAUCAAUGACAUGAACAAAAAAUAUCUUACUGAAGAGUCAGUAAGUAAUAGAAAAGCAAGAGAACCCUGCCAUAACUCUCCAGAAAAAUUGAUUGAUAUCGUGAAAACUCUUUCUAAUGUUUCCAGUAGCCAAACUGGCAAUGAAUUACCAUUUUUAGAGAAUCUUGUCAAUCAAAUAUGGCAUGAGCUGACUGUCCAAACACAAGCUACAGAGAAUGCUGGUGACACUUCUAACAUUAAUUCAAUUUUAUCUGAUUCCCCAGACAACAAAAUAAUAUUAAGUGCUCAAAACCUUCACCAAGAAGUUUAUGAGAUCAUGAUACAGGAAUCUAAUGAAAUUAUUGGUAACUCUGGCAACAGUAAUACAGUUACAUCAGACACCCAGAGGCCUCAUAUGACAUCAUCAUCAAAAGAUAUUAAUCAAGAAUGUUAUAAGAAGCCUAACUUAGGGCUUGAAUCUGAGGAAGAUGCAGGUGAUAUUGUCAGCUCUGUUUCUGAUAUGUAUGACCUCCAGGGUAGAAUGUCAGUGUCACCUUCAAAUGGGCUUAAAGGAGAAUAUGAAGAGUUGACUUCAACACAAAACUCAAUGGCUGGUACUGGUGAUGCUGUCACUACUAAUUCUGAUCCACCUUAUCCCCAAGGGAAAAUGGAAAUAACCCUCAUGGACAGGUAUUAUAUAGAAAAUUGUGAAACAAUGUCUUCAGUCCCAAAGUGUGCUGACAGUGUUGAUAGUAUCAACCCAAGUUGUAAUCUGUCACACUCCCAAAGUACCAAUGUAAUAUCAUCGCCAAGAAAACUUGAUCCAGGAAGUUCUGAGGGACUGAACUCAAGCAAUAAGUUUGUCAAGGAAACUUGUCAUGGCACCAGUAGUAGAUACAACUUAUCAAAGUCUCAGUAUCGUAAAGUAGAAUCAGCAACAAUCCCUAAUGAGGAAUUUUAUGAAGAGGUAAACUUUAAACAAAAUAUUACAAGAACGUACAGUAAAGCAAACUCCAAAACCCUGGGAAAAAAAUUUAAGUCAUCUUCACAAAAACUUGAUAAAGACACAGAUAAUAAGGCAGCCAGAAAGGAGAAAUAUAAGGAAGUAUCAUCAGCUGACAUUACCACUUUUCAUAAAAUAACUAAGGAGUCGAGGAGACCACUAAGUUUACCUGAAGAAACAAGCCAAGAAAAUUUUAUAGGGAACUCACUAAGAAACUCUUGUGAACAAUCUCAGGGAAAAGAUGUAGAUGGGGAUAUAAUCAAGAGAGCAUGGCAUUCUAUAUCUUCCCUACCAUCAAAUUAUAUAAGUGAAUUUAGACCUUUUUCGGGGGCAUGUAGCAGAAAUAAAAGAUAUGACAAGAAAUUGAGUUCAAUGAAUAAUGUACAGGCAAUUCCAAAUGAUAUUGAGGUAUUAUCUAUUGAUCAUAAGUAUUUUAGCCAUGAUAACACAUUCCAGAAUAGUAGUGCAGAUAAGAGUAAUAUUGAUAGUGGUGUAGACAGUUUUACUACAAAUAAUUUUACACCGUGUCAUAACGCACAAAAGCAUUCUGAAAGUACUGAUCACAGCAAUGAUAGCGAUAUUAUCAGUAAAUCCUUUAUUAGAUAUAAGUGUCAAGAGAAACCAUUUGAAGUCAGUAAAAUGUUGGGAACAAUAAGGUCUUCUGCAGUUGAUAAGAAUAACACCAAAAUAGCCCAAGAUUACCUUGGCUGUUGUACAGAAAGUUCACAAUGUACGACAUUUAAUGACAAAGUUAAUAGAAGCGGAACAGAGAGCAUUUUGUACCCUUUUGAUCGCACUACAUUUUUUAACAGUAUAGGAUUAGUAGGGAAGAAUGUACAUAAUAACAAGAGAUGCUCUCCAUCUUCUGUUGCACACAGGACAAGAAAAGUACGUGCAAGAAAAGAAAGAGAACAUACCAGAAAGGAGGUGAUGCUGGAGACACCAAAGUUUAAUCCUACUCAAGAUAAGAUUAAUACUAAGAGCUCAGUGUCAAAGGAAAACAGUAUGACUGUUGUUAAUGACUUUUCAUAUAAAAGUAUAAAGAUGAGUUGCUGUUAUAAAGAUGAAGAGUGUCAACCCAAUGUUAAGGAAUUCACUAAUCUUGGGCAGAAGAAGAAAAAAUCAAGAAGUGGCCAGAGAAAAUUGUUAUUCAAGUCUCUUAAGGAAGGAAGAGAUGAAGCAUCUUUGGCUGUAUGUGACAGUAGCAAAGAUGGUAGUGUUGCUUGUUGUCAUAGCAGGCAAGACUCUCUGGAAUCUUGCCAUAAAGAUGAUAAUGGUAACCCGAACAAUAUUUGUGGGAAGCGUGAAUCUCAGUGUGUAAUUGAAAAGCAAAAUGAGGGUUUGAAAAAAUCUGGUGACUCUACCUGUUUUAAAAACACAACAGAAAAAUCAGUUGUUGAAGAUAAGACGAACACAACACUAUGUCAAGAAAACUAUUCUUCUUGUCUGCGUAGCAACACUAGUAUAAAACACUUUAUUUGUAAUACAUGUCGGAAGUCUUUCCAAAGUACAGACCAAUUAAAUUUUCAUUGUACCACAGAAUGUGCACACUCCCUGACAUGUGGCACACAUAACUGCUCACAAUGCUCUCAUCCUUCACAUCAAAGUUCUUCAACCAGUGUUAUAGAAACAAACAUGAGAAACUCCAGCAGUAAGCAUGUGACUAAAUUUACAAAUAAUAUAUGUCAUUCUCCUGGCAUAUCUUUAUAUAAGCAACCACUAAAGGUACAAGAUUUUACCAUUACACAGAAGAUUAAUACUUUCCCCAAUCCUCCAGAUAUUGUUGUCACUCAUCUACAUGUUCAUCAGAAUUCUUUACAAGCCAAGGUACUCGGUAGAGCCUCUGUUGAAAAAUUAUGUCUUUGUGAGGAAGGUAAAGGAGAGGAUCCAGAAGAGCCUUUCAGAUAUGUGGCAUACAAUGUACAGAAUCCAGAGCAGCCAGUUAGAUUUGUGGUAGAUAAUAGGGAGGAUCCAGGGCAAGUUUUCAAUUUUGGGUCAGAUAAUGGAGAGGAUCCUGCACAGCCUUUUGGUUUUGGUUCAGGUAUUGGAGAGGAUCCUGCACAGCCUUUUGGUUUUGGUUCAGGUAUUGGAGAGGAUCCUGUACAGCCUUUUGGUUUUGGGUCAGAUAUUGAAGAGGAUCCGGCACAGCCUUUUGGGUUUGGUUCAGAUAUUGGAGAGGAUCCUGUACAGCCUUUUGGUUCUGUGUCAGAUAUUGAAGAGGAUCCUGUACAGCCUUUUGGUUCUGGGUCAGAUAAUGGAGAGGAUCAACAGGAACUAUUCAGUUUUGGGUUGGACUCAGGGCAGCCAUUCAGUUCUCGAGCAGAUUAUAUCAGAACAAUAUCCUCAGAAAAAAUGGUGGAGAAGUUUUUGGACCCAAGCAAAAAAUUACUUUGUGAUUCCAGCAAAACUGAAGAGAAAAUAAGUUUUGCUCCCCAGAAAGUUUUGAAACACUUAUCAGAAGAAAAUGAUUUUUUGGGAUUUGAAGAUGGAGUGCAAGACUAUGAAGUGAAUGAAAACUUUUUCCCAUCCAUUAUUUUAAAUAAAAAAAGUUGUAUUAGAUCUGCAAAUGAAGAAAAAAACUAUUUAUGCUUACAGAACAUUGAGGAAGACAAUUGUGAAAACACAACUACAAUAGAUCCAGAACAUAAAUGUAUGGAGUCUCUGGUAGAAGGUCCCUCUUGUAAUAAGUCUAACAUCCCAUUAUUGAUUCCCUCUGCAGAAUUGGUACUUUCAAUGGACAAUUCUACAUUACCGGUAUCUAGUGAUCUUGAUGCUAGUGGAGAUUUACAGACACUUAAUGAUGUGAGUUUUGCUCCUCCCAGGAAGAGCAAAAGAAUUGUAAGAAGAAGAGCAAAGAGACUUUUGGAUCAGAACACAUCAAAACUACUAUUAACUUCAGGUGUUAAAAAGAAAGCUUCAGGGGUCACAGGAAGCCAUGCUCAACAGCCUUUAGAAAACGCCCUAAAUGGACAAGUACAAGAAAAUACUUCUCAGAAAAAGAAAUAUCCAGGUAGGGCUGUAAUAAGACAGAGUAUUGAAGUAAAUAAAUCAAGAGAAUUAUACUUGGCAGUUACAGUUGAUUGCCAGCCAAGUGCUUCCAAUACUGCUAAGCAAUAUGAACACAGGAACCUUAAGUUCAUAAGAAGUGUAGUAUGUAGUAUAUGUAGCCAGUAUUGUUAUUCAACAGGUGACCUGGUCCAACACAUGAAAACACAUGCAUUCUGUAGGCUGUUUAAGUGUCCCCUUUGUCCACUAAUUUGCACAACUAAAGCUUUUCUAACCGAACACUUGGUUUUACAUAAUGGGAAGAAGCAUUUUGUUUGCUUUAUAUGUAAAGCUGUUUUUUCCCACAAGUAUGAAUUGAAAGCACACACAUCAAUUUUUAUGGGCGAGAAACCUUUCAGGUGUUCAGAGUGUGGCAAAAUGUUUUCUCUUUGCUGUCAGCUUGGAGAACAUAAGUUUACUCAUACCUCAGAAAGACCUUUUAAGUGCGAUUUGUUUCCUGGUGAUUUCAAAUCGUACGCAAAUUUGCUCAAUAAUAGGAGAAUUCACCUUGAAGAUCAAUGAUACCAGUGUGAUUACUGCAGUGCUUUCUUUUUGCCACACAAUUUUGCAUUGCAUAUGAGAACCCAAACAAGAGAAAAAUCUGUUCACUCCCCAAUUUGUGAUAUAAACUUUAGAUUUGAAAGUAGUUUGAGAAAACAUGCAACUACAAAGCAUCCUGGCUUUGAGUCCUGGGCUGCAGUUUUUGUGUACUUCCCUGAUAUAUUUCCAGUAGGUAAAACUACAAAGAAAAUAGUGUAUUGGAUUCCGGGUAACUCAGAAUGAGUGUUCAUUAGUUAAACUAAAAUAUAAGUGUGUAGUGUGUACUUUAUUGAUGUAAAUAGAAAAUUCCUGUGGUCUGUAAAUAGUGAUCGUAAUGAACUUCCAUGUUAUGUGUUUAAAUUUUAUAUUUUUGUGUAUAUUGUUUGCAAGAAGAGUGGUAUUACUGGUUAAAAGAAUAUACGCUGACAUGUUUACUAUUCACAUACUGUACUAUAUAUUGUUAUAGUAAAUGCUGUACUGUAAUGAGACUUAAAUUCAGGAAAAAUUGCAUUGGAAAAAAAUGAACUUAGCAUAUUGCAAUAAACAGGAGUUCAAUCAAUAAUAAGAUUACCUUUAUUUGUACAAGUUUUUCUCGUGUGAUAUGUAUGCAGCAUUUCUUAUUUAAUUGUCUACAUACAGUAUAUCUCAAACACUAUUUCGCUAGUCCAAACUUUUCCCUCUUGUUAAGAUUAAAAAUAAUUCUUAGUGCUCAUAUUUUAUUGUACAGGUAUGUAAUAUCGGUCAGCAUUUUAUAUUAGUUAUGAGGCAGCCUUUGAGCACAUAUUAGCAGCUAAAGAUAAUCUUGUGUAGCUUUUAUAUGUAUUGAUAUUAACCGACCACAUAUGGGGCCGACGGAUAAUCCAAAAGGUCGGUUAAUAGUACAUGAAGUCUUUGGAAAUAAAACAUACAUUUUCAAA